AUGAGCGCACAGGCUGUAUGGGGUAAUGUUGGGCGCGCGCUCUCUGAGUGUACUGCGGCGCUCUUUCCGCGGCUGGAACUAGGCAGCGGGAGCGUCACAGCGCCUCGCACGCUGCUGGAGCUGCUUCGUCGCGCGGGCGGAAGCCAGCAGGCCGGGACCGCCGCCGUUGGUGCCGACGGGCUUGUGCUGGCAGUCCCCAAGAAAAAGGUGUCGCACCAGAAGCGGAGACAGAAGCUGUACGGGCCAGGGAAAAAGCAGCUGCAGAUGGUGCACCAUUUGGGCAAGUGCCCGUCGUGCGGACACUAUAAGCGGCUCAACACGCUGUGCAUGUACUGCGUGGGAGAGAUACGCCACAUAUGGAAGGUCUACACGCAGACCAAGCCCGCGGAGCCGCCGCAGGAGCAGGAUCUGUCGGAGCUGGACAAGCGUAUCCUGUACCCUGGUCGAGAGGAGACGGAGUACAUGAAGAAGCUGAAGAAAAAGGACUACCUAGAGAAGCGCAUGCGCACGCUGCCCGUUGAUGACAAGGGCAAGUGA